AUGGCAGGUACUGGUGAGCGCAAGGGAAAAGGCAAGAAAGAUGACAAUGGCAUCGGCACCGCCAUUGAUUUUGUCCUGUCCAAUGCCCGGCUGGUGCUGGGGGUGGGCGGAGCGGCCAUGCUGGGGAUUGCCACCUUGGCAGUCAAACGGAUGUACGACCGGGCCAUCAGUGCCCCCAGCAGCCCUACCCGCCUGAGCCAUUCAGGAAAAAGAAGCUGGGAAGAACCAAGCUGGAUGGGAUCCUCACGCUUACUGCAGCAGGACAUGAAGACCAGUUUGAGCAGGUCCCUGCAGACUCUACCCACUGACUCCUCAGCCUUUGACACAGACGGGUUCUACCCCCCCAGACCCAAACCAGCCACCAAGAAGAGCCAGGUAGACUUGAAGAAGUCACGGCUCCGCCUGUCCCUACAGGAGAAGCUGAUUGCUUAUUAUCGGAACCGGGCAGCGAUCCCCCCGGGCGAGCAGGCCCGAGCCAAGCAGGCGGCGGUGGACAUAUGUGCCGAGCUGCGCAGCUUCCUCCGGGCCAAGCUCCCCGACAUGCCGCUGCGAGACAUGUACCUGAGUGGCAGCCUGUAUGAUGACCUGCAGGUUGUGACCGCUGACCACAUUCAGCUCAUCGUGCCUCUGGUCCUGGAGCAGAACCUGUGGUCCUGCAUCCCUGGGGAGGACACCAUCAUGAACGUCCCGGGCUUCUUCCUGGUGCGGAGAGAGAACCCAGAGUACUUUCCACGGGGCAGCAGUUACUGGGACCGCUGUGUGGUCGGCGGGUACCUCUCGCCCAAGGCCGUGUCAGACACAUUUGAGAAGGUCGUGGCGGGCUCCAUUAAUUGGCCGGCCAUCGGGUCCCUCUUGGACUACGUGAUCCGCCCGGCUCCACCCCCUGAGGCCUUGACGCUGGAAGUGCAGUACGAGCAGAACCGGCACCUCGUGAUUGACUUCCUGCCCUCGGUGACGCUUGGGGACACGGUCCUUGUGGCCAGGCCUCACCGGCUGGCCCAGUACGAUAACCUCUGGAGGCUGAGCUUGCGGCCUGCGGAGACUGCCCGCCUCCGGGCCUUGGACCAGGAUGACGCGGGCUGUCGAGCACUGUGCCUCAAGAUCCUCAAGGCCAUAUGCAAGUCCAGCCCGGCCUUGGGCCACCUCACUGCCAGUCAGCUCACGAAUGUCAUUCUCCACUUGGCCCAAGAGGAGACUGACUGGUCUCAGGACAUGCUUGCUGACCGCUUUCUGCAAGCUCUCCGAGCCUUGAUUGGCUACUUGGAGGCUGGAGUUCUGCCUAGCGCCCUGAACCCCAAGGUGAACCUAUUUUCAGAGCUUACCCCUGGAGAAAUAGAUGAAUUGGGAUACACCCUUUAUUGCUCAUUAUCUGAGCCAGAGGUCCUGUUGCAGACGUAAGGGGCGGGGGGAGAGCCACGAGAGGUAUUAGGUGGUCAGGCCUUGGAUGCAGCCAGAAGCACCAUCCAGGCUCCGCUGCUGGGGCAGUCCCUCGCCGGAUUCCUCGGUGCCUCCAGUCUUGCUGGUCAUCACCGAGUCAGUACCUGCCAACUAGAAUGGCCUUUUCUUGCCCUGCCCUCCUUUUUUUUUAAUUUCCUGUCACCAAGCACUGUGCUCCUCAUUUUUUUCACUGUCCCUCCAGCAAAACCAACUUCCAUAAAGUGCAGCAAGGGGAUGGGGCAGGGGGAGCAGGCUGAUAAGUCACAUGGUGACUUGUGUUGAGGUCACGGCCUCUUCAGCUGCCCGACCUGGCCCUAUUUUCUGUGUGUCUUAUAAUAUUGUCCCUUUGUACGUCUGGUUCCUUUCCCUGGAGCACGUCUGCUUGAUCAAGAUACUGUCUCAUAAGUGAAUGUUGCUCUGUAGCUAUGAGUGAAUAUUUAUGAAUUGCAUUCUGCAUGGCGAAUGAGUUAUCUAGGAUCUGUGGGGGUGGGUGUUUGGGGCUGGCCCCAGAACCACAUUUCUGGUUGCAGAGGCAGAAGGGAGACAGCCUCUGCAGGUGUCGGUGGGCCUGCCCCUCCUUCCGGCUCCUUCAUCUGGCCCGGGAAAGCUAAGUCCAGUCAGAUAGAUUGGGAAAGACCAGGAGCCCUGGGAUGGGAAUGUUCAGAGUCACUGGGAAGGGAUGGCUCUGGAAACUGGGUUCCAAGUUCCCGUCGGUGGUUUUCUCUGAGAAGGAGCAGCAAAUGUUCGGGGGAGAAGCCUCCAAUACAGAGACAAAUACAGAGCUCGCACAAGAGGCCUAUGGUAGCAGCCUUUCCUGUACCAGCCUCAUUGCUGUUCAGGGGCAAUCUCAUCACCUCUUGGGAACUGACCUUGACCCAGAGUUCAGAUGAGGCAGGAAGGUUGGCCAUAGGCAGCUUGGGCAUCAUACAUCACCUGGGUUGCUGCAUUUUCCUGACCUUGCAAUCUCUGGGAGGCUGGCUGAUGGUGCCUUCCUAGGGACACCCAGAGAACCCCUCCUGGCUUCAUCUUUGUGCUGUACCUCAUUCUUAGCCUCUCUGUCCCGGCAGGGGUCAGGCCUGCCUCCUUGAAGCCUCAAAAGCUGCUCUUGGAAAAGGGGAGAGGAGCAUUCGAGAAAUGCCCCACAUCUUUUGUGCCAGGGACUGCCAGAACACGCCUGCCUAUGCCUUUCCUUUGUCAUGUGUACCUGUCAGAUAACACCUAGGGGAAAAUAAGGGCCCUGGAGGGUGAAAUGAUGGGGGGAGAGGAGGGAAAAGACUUUCCCCGUCCCCUCCCCCCCUUGUUUCCCACUGCUAAAAAGUGCACUAUUUAUUGCAAUGUAAAGUUAUCCUGGGGUUUGGGACGGGAGUUUAAUACAUACUGUCAUUGUGUCUUCCUAUUCUGUGUUUUUUUCUGUUUGUGGUCAGGGGCUGUUGAUGGCCCUACCUCUGUCCUUCUUACCCCGUAUUUUGUAUUCCCACUGCCAAAUCUGAGUAUUUUGCUUCUGCUUUCUCUACCUCCCCACUCAAUGAGAUUCUUUCCUUGUAUUUUAAUGACAGAAAGGUCCACAUAAGACUAGGUCCUCGGCUUCCUUCUAAACUUAGAUUUGGGCCCCCUAUUUGUUACAGUUUGGGAAGUGGGAAGUUCUAGGGAUCCAUCCUAAGCAUCUUCCCCUUACCAUCUAUUUCCUAUUGAGAAGGAGAGGUGCUUUUAGUUAUUUGAAGGGAGGGGUUGGGAAGAUAAUAUGUCUGGAUAGGAUUCUGAUUUUCAUGAGGGAUGAGGAGGAUGAAUGUCUUCCUGGGGGACACUGGAGAGAUUCAUUCACUACGUUACUUUAAAACCUGCAAUUUCUUUCUUGCCUGCUUCUCUAAACCAGCUGUAUAUUAGCGCCUCAACAUUGAAUACAAAGCUUAAAAAAUAAACCAGUAAGACCAGGUCACAGGGUCUCUGAUAAAGUAAAUGCUUUUUUCAGAGGGAAAAAUAUGUAAAUUCUUCCUCUUUGUUGAAUUGGAAAGAAUUAUUCCAACAUAUUUUCAAAUUCUGAUGGGCUGAUCUUGCCAUACUAUGAAAAGAUGAGUCGGAGAACAGUCUGUAGGAUCCAAAUGACAUAAUAGCUGUAGGUAUGGAUGUACUGGAUGGGAAACUUUUGGCUGAACAGGGUGGGCAGCAGAUUUCCAGUUAUAGAUGGGAAGAAAGCGAGGUGCUAUCAUCUCUUCAAUAAGAUGGCCUCCACAUAGGUUCUCUGUCCAGGAAUAGCUGGUUCUAGGCGUUUUCUGAAACAAGCACCUCUUAAGUUUGUUUGGCUCAAUUUUGGAUCGGGACCAAAUUGGCCUAUGAGGCUUUGGGGUGUGUCCUUAUUCCCAGUCCCCGGAGAUAAAUUUCGCCAAUAGUGAGGACUUCCCCUCAUCCCUUAUGUUUACCAGAAGCAUUAUCAUUAAAGGAAAGAAAAUGUCUUUGAAGUCCAUGUUCCUGGUAGAAGGAACGGCCAUCAUCCUUGGCUUGGCUCCUUUUGCUCUGAUGGUUCAUUGGAGGAGUAAAAAUGGUGUGGGUCCUGGUGAGGGAGCCAGUAGAUUCUUAGGGUCCAGCGAGCGUUACUGAAAGACUGGAGCUAGAGACCCAUCUUGAGAUUGCCAACUCCCUUGAAGUACUGGUUCUGGCACUGGCUGCCCCUCCUGACAUAGCCAAGGCUAAGAAUAGGAUGUGCCAGGCCAGGCUUCCCCAGCUUGUUGCAGGUACCCGGCACAGCUCUGCCGUGGGUAUGCAGCCCUCCUGAUAACUGAGCUCCAGAAGCUCGGCUCUAGGGUGAUGAUUGGUCUGUCUCUUCCUUUCCUUUGGAAUCUGGUUUACCUGUGAUCAAGUGGGCUUCUGACCAAACUCAAAAACUGCCUUUUGCUCCAUGGAGUGUAUGUAAUGUCCCUGGUCCACAGUCUGGGCCGGUUGAUGGGUGAUUGGAGGGUGUCUGCAUAAGUGUUCUAAGUCCUGCUGGGCAUCCUGCCCAGGACCAGUCCAGGGACCUGCCUCUUGUCUUUUCUCCUCCCCCAAAACAUCAAGGCCAAGGGAGUUGACCUAUGAAAGAGUGGGAACAAAAUAAAAAUCCUUUGCACCA